AUGACAACUUCAAUAGUUCGAAUUGGCCCCAUGACCACAAUGGAAGUGAGUAGUGCACAAUUACUCCGGACAGCAUUGGUAUCCCAUUGGAAACAGCAUCAUCCAUCUCCCGAAGAGCAAGGCGAAACCUCUGCGGAUGAAAACAAACUCUUGCCCAUUUCCAACAAGUACUUUACGGCAAAUUUGUUGUUGGAAGACAUGGAAGCUGAGGCAAACGAAGCGAUAAAAGAAGACGCCGCCAUUUUGGUCUUUGACAUGUUGGCAUCCAAUCCAGAUCGUUCGGGUGGUGUCCCUGGAACCACCUUUAAUUCCUUGCAAGCUGUACAUGACCAGGCAUUGGCCAAGGAUACCUGCGGGGAUUUGUUGCGACUGUGUGUUGGCGUCACCUUGACGAGUCUAAGUCCCCAAGAAGCACGUGGAGAAAAACAUGAAGAUGAAUACUCGAGGCGAAUUUUGUGGUGUUUAGAUCAUGGAUACGAAUAUGUGGAAGCUGACUUGUCCCAAGAAGGUCAAACGAAGGGACACGAUGAUCGAGACAAGGAUGGAUUUGCCCGGAUUGUAGAAGCCAUGCAAGGUACUGUUUGGUCUGGCGCAGUCAUGAAGGAACGCCAAGCCACCAAACUGCAAGCUUCUUACGACCAAGAUGCCAAUGACAUUAAGAAACAAGACGACGACAAUGAAAAUCCCUAUGUUCCACCAGAUCCAUCCCUCCUCAUGGCAAUCCCCAAAGAUGGAGAAUCUCCUACAAGUGCCCCAAGUACUCCCAAUCGAACUGCUGAAAUGGAACGCCUGCGACAAGAAAUUGACGAAGACAAGGUAUUUGAUGAAAUGGAAACGGUACUACGAGAGGCCUCCAGAAUUCGAGAGCAAUCCAAAUGUGGACAAUUGACAGAUGACGAACGAAGGGCCAAGGCAGAAUCGGCAGCCUUGCGGUUGGUCGAUCUCAUGAAUCAUUUUGGAAUGGAAGAUGAGGGAGGAGAAGGCGAAGAUGGUGGAUCAAUUGCAGAUUCGGACGAUUCAGGGAUUGUAGCGUCAUCAUCAUAA